UUUGUUAUUGUUUCGGGUUUGUGGAGCAACGGAGCCCGAGGAGGACAGUGCCACUGAACCGCUGGGGCUCUCACCGUGUUCGAUUCCGGUGUCCGGUCGAGAGGAGGCUGUUCUCACACAGAGAGAGAUAGAUAGAGGGAGAGAGAGAGAAGUGUCUGCAACAACAAAGAGUAGCCGGCCUUUGUUUGUGUUGCCAUGGAGACGGAUUGGCGAGUGGAGUUUCGGAACGUGGGCUGCAGUUACUUUCCUCAGAGCAGAGUCGAGUGCCACUACACACUGAGGUCUUGGCACAACUGGGCCAGCAGUGACUGGAUAGGGCUCUUCAAGGUGGAAUGGACAUCACUGAAGGACUACCACACAUUCGUGUGGGCACUAGCCCCGGCUGACUAUCAAGAGGGCACAGAUGUCAACUGCUGUGUGCAUUUCCAGGCCUCUUACCUUCCCAAGUCCAGCUCCCAAGAGUAUGAGUUUGUCUACAUUGAUGCUAAGGGAGAAGUGUGCUCCCGCAGCUCCAAAUUUACAUUCUCUGCACCCAAGCCACUGGAAGAUCUGGUGACCCUUGAAGAGGAGUCCCAUGAAGAGGAAGGAGGCACAGGCAUGCUGCUGGUUAUACCCAGGGCUGAACUGCUGCAGAGUCGACUGCAGGAGUGUCUGCGAGAGCGGGCCGAGCUGCUGCAGGUGCAGGAGGCGGCAAGCAGGCAAAUGGAAAAAGAAAAGGACGAGCACAGGAGGACAAGGGAGAACUGGGACAGACGAUGCACGGAGCUGGGAAGGGAAAUUUCCAGGCUGCAGAGAGAGCUGAGGCAGAGUCGAGAGCAGAUCAAGGAGACGGAGAGGAAGCAGAAGGAGGAGCAGGCUCUCGGGGAAUCACUGGCCCAGGAGAAAAGUGCUUUAUUGGAUGCGAGGGAGUCGAGUGAAGAGCGAAUCAAAGAGCUGGAGGAGGACAUCAAAAUCCUCACACUGAGAACGGUGGAAAGAGAGACUGAUGCGGAAAGGAUGAAGGAAAGAGCAAAGAGGGCAGGAGCUCAGAGGAAAGAAGAAGAGAGCGAGAGGAAGAGCCUGCAGACCAAGCUGGAACAGACAGAAGGAGAACUCAGAAGUUUGUCGAAGGAGUUCCAGGGUCUGAGGACCUCACUGGCCCAGAGAGACACCAGUGUCCUUCAGCUCCAAAACACCAUCACCACUCUCACACAGAAACUCACCACUGCACACAGGAAAGAGGCGGCGAGCGAGGCCGUACUGAAGGAGAUGCGCAGCCUGCGGGAGCGUCUGAACACCAGUGAGCGCUCCGCCGAGGGCUUGAAGUGUGACCUGGGCAUCAUGGUGGCCAACAGGGAUCACGGGCAGACCGAAGUGCAUCAGGCUCGUCUGAUGGCCGCGCAACUCACCCUCCAGCUGGCAGAUUCCAGUCUUGCGUUGAGAGAGGGAAGAGCCCACUGGACCCAGGAGAGGCAGAGUCUGCAGCGUGCGACUGAGAAGGAUCACGAGCAGCUGGAGAAACUCAAUUUGGAGUUGCAGAGGAUGGAGGAGAGGCUGCAGGAGGAGAGGAUGGAGAGAGUGAAGCUGGAGGUGGAGCUCGGGAGAGAAAAGGAUUGCAACCGGGUUCAGCUGAGUGAAACCCGCAGGGAGCUGCAGGAGCUGAAGACCAGCCUGAGGGUCGGCCAGAAAGAGAAGGAGCAGAUAAUGGGAGAGAAGCAGGAGCUGAUGGAGUACAUCUGUCAGCUGGAGCAGAGGAUGGGAGCAGUGUCCGGUGCCAAGUGGAGCGCUGCCCUGAUCGCCUCUACAGGGCGGGCCGACAGUGUGUUAUCUGACUCCGAGGACGAGAACCCAGAGGCCCUGCAGCCCCUCCGUCCCCCGAGACCUCUAGGACACUACAGCCUGUGUGAGCAGGGCCGGCCCGACUCCCUGCUCCUCGCCACCCCUCCUCCCUCCCCUCGGGAGAUGGAGAGGAGCGCGGUGGUCAUCAACCAGCCGGCUCCUCUCUCCUCGCCACGCCAGGCCAAUGCUGACACGCUGACGCACAGCUCGGAUUCGGAAGAGGAAUCCGAUCCAGUUCAGUGUGCUACUCACAUCUCUGGAGAGGAAACAGCACUUCUGCUGCCCGAGCUCACAGACGCCGUCCUCAGUGACCUGGCCGACACCUCGCUGUGGUAACCAGUGGAGCGUCCGGCCGCACCCCCGACCAGUGACCCGAGGAGCGGAGGGGAGCGAGCGUGCUGCCGCAUAACCUCCACACUACUUCCUGCUCACAAGCACACACACAGCUCGCUCAUCACCACACAGAGACAAAUAUGAAUAUGCAAUUUUACAUAGUAUCUGCCGUGAUCCCUGUUUCCCCCCCCCCCCCUGCUUGGCUGUUGUGUUAUCGCCCCUUUGCUGUUUCGUUGUUAGGAAUGACAUAAUGCAUGUGGUGGCGGGUCAACACCGAGUUUAUGACUGACAUAAGACCGUGGCGUAGUUUGGAACGACGGGCUUUUAGGCGGCGGGCUCUGGCGUUUGAGAGUUCGCAGGCUGUAGCCGAAUGAUUCCUGUUGAAUCAUUGCGAUGUCGAGAGCUUUACGACGGAUGUUAUGUCGUUUUUAUGACAUUUGUGAUUAGGAGUCAUGACAGGCACUGUAAUUAUGUUUUGUGCAGGCCCCGGCUCGGCGGAAAAUCAUGGCAAAACUCUCCUCCGGCAUUCAAUUCUCCGCAGCAGCUUUGAACACUAUUCACGGCGGAGCGUAAAGUAAUGAUACAGCAUCAUGCUCAAAUUAUAUUGCAGUAAUGUAGGUCUAUGACAUCAUAUUUCUCCUCCAUUUACUCAGAACUAAGAUUUGAUAUGCACUUUCUUGUACGCAUUAGCAGUUAAUUGUCAUGCAGUUGCAGUUCAGGAGAUUUAGUGAUGCGGGGGGGGGG